UAGUUGGCUGACGAGUAUACCAAUUUUUUUCGUGUCAAUAUUAUUUUUUUUUGUUGCUGGAAUCAACCGAAAAGCCAAGACUUUUGUGAACAUUUAAAUAAAAACCAUCAAUUUAAUCAAUCACGAUGGACGUGGCGAGGACAUACUCCAUACACACGCUGUGUCGCAUAUGCCUGAAUCUCCUGCAGAACGAUGCUGCCUACGAUUUGUAUCUGGUGCCAGGCCUUGCCAAAAAGCUAUGUCUGUGCACCUCGCUGUCUGUGGAGCAAAACGAUGGCUUUCCGAAGAACCUGUGCACCAGUUGCUACACGCGGCUGAACGAUUUGCAUGAAUUUCAAAAGAUGUGUGUAGACUCUGUGCAAAAGUUUCAGGAUAUGGUCGCCAGCAACGCCUUCACUUGUCAGUCGAACUUCGAUGUCCUGGAUCCAUGCGUGUCGGCAAAUGACUUACCCGAGGACGAUGAGCACAUUAACUUUGAUCCACUGUUGAACCAUAAGAUGGAACUAAUUGAAAACGAAGAGGAUGUAUUCAAAAUGCUUGAAGAUGUGGACAAGGAGGCCGAGGAGGUGGAAAAGGAAGUUAAAGAGGAUACAAAAGAAUUCAAGGAGCCCAUCCCAGAAAACAUGUUUAAUGAGGACUCGUCUUCCAUCGAAAGUGGUAACGACAACGACCUGGAUGUAGACUUUGAGCCAAACAGCAGCGACGACGACAUUCCCCUAGCCCAGCGCAUGCGAGGCAAAACCAAGAGCACCAGAGCAGCCAAGUCGAAGCCCAAAAAGAACGCUGCUGAUGAUGCCGGGGAAGACAAUGAUUUCACUUCCUCUUCCAGCUCAGACGAGGACUAUGAAGGUGAUGAAGGUGAUUCAAACACAAGGCAAGGCUCGAAGGAGAAGCCAAAGCGCAAGCGCAUUCCUGCUUCUGAGCGGCACCUACAUCGCAUCAUCGACUGUCACAUUUGCCAUCAGAAAUUCAAGAAGGCAAUUCGUUAUGAGGAGCACAUGAAGUACCACAACGAUCUAUUGCCAUUCCAGUGCAAGGUUGAGUCCUGUAAGAAGGGCUUCACCACCGCCAACGGACUGCGCAUACACGUGGACCACGCGCACACCGAGCUCUCUGAAGUGCACGCCUGCAGUGUCGAGGGCUGCGGCAAGACAUUCCCACGCAUUCGCCUGCUCACCUUCCACAUGAAGAAGGCGCACAAUAUUUCCAAGUCGGCGGCUCCAUUGCGCGACUUUCCCUGCACAGAGUGCAACACCGUGUUCCGUUGCCCGACGGCGCUCAAGAAGCACAUGUACAAGCACACGGGCGAGGAGCUUCCGUAUCCAUGCAACAUAUGCGGCAAGCGCUUCGUGAUCAACAGCGCACUCAGGGAUCAUUUGAUGCGGCAUGCGGGCAUCAAGAACCACGUCUGUCCCUACUGCGGCGUGGGCAAAACCACACGCCAGGAAUGGAACGCUCACAUUCUCACGCACACCAAGGAGAAGAAGUUCAAGUGCCGCCAGUGCGAUCAUGCCUCCCACAACAAACAGGCUCUAUCCAAUCACGUCAAGGUGGUUCACAUGAAGAUCAAAAACUUUGCCUGCCAAUACUGUGGCAAGACCUUUGGGAAAUCCCACGCCUGCAAAGUGCAUGAGCGGACGCACACGGGCGAGAAGUGCUGCGAGUGCAAGAUCUGUGGCAAGAUCUUCCUGUGCGAGAAGAGCCUCACGAAGCAUUUGAAGACGCAUGAGAAACGCGAUCUGCCGCCAAUGGAAACGAACCGUCCGCUCAACAUUUUGCUGCCUGGCGUCACACUGCCCGGCCAUAUGCAGCCCGAUGGAAUGAUGCCACCCAAUGUGACAGACGAUCUGCUGAAGGCGUGUAGCGGCGGGACCGCGACAGCAGCAGGAGCAGAAGCAGCUGCAGCUAAACCUAAAAACUCACGGCGCGUUCAGCGUGUGGACAUAUCGCAGUUGGCGGGAACCGCUGUCAACCCCAUACCAUCGGUGUCGGUACCAUCGUGGUCGCCGCAAGUCAACUUCACCAAGAAAGAGGGCCAGCACAUAUGCCCCGGUUGUGGUCGAGGCUUCAACAAUAUUGGCAAUAUGAAACUUCAUUACAAGAUCAUUCACGAGAAGGUGAAAGAUUUCGCCUGUCGCUUCUGUCCCAAACGUUUCUCAAAGGCCCAAAUCUUGCGGCAUCACGAAUGGAUCCACACCGGCGAGAAACCGUUCGAGUGCAAGAUAUGCGGCAAACACUUCCGGCAGGAGACGGCACUGAAGAAGCAUAUUAAGACACACGACAAGCCUAAUAGACGUGUAUACCCGGAGAAGGAGACAACUGUGCAGACGCCUGCCUUCCAUAAGAUCGAAUCCCGAGAGAUUGACCGCGAGCCAAGGAACUACGAGCAGUACCAGGAUCCAGCCGCUGAGCGAGCUGCUGCUACAGCUGAGCUGCUUGCUCAUCAGAUUGAGGAGAAUGAGGCAAAGCGCAAGGCAGACAUCGAGAGGCGAAAAAUCCAAGAGGCAGCUUGUGAGCAGCUGAACAAGCUACAGAGGCAGCAGGAGAUGGAGAAGGCGACCACAUCCUACGACAGCUACUAUGCACAAAAGGCUCAAGCCGAGGGACUCACCGUGGACGCACUCAAAAUAGAUCAUGUGUAAAUCGAGUCCAGCAAAAAUGGGAGACACUUGCGAAAGCCAGCAAUAUUUUACAUACAUAUACAUAGCUAUAAUUUUUUACAGCGCCUCAGUUUAUAAGUACUUCAAUUAUCUAUACCCUCGAAUUGCUCCAUAAUUGCUUAUUGUGACAUGAACACAGUAACUCAACGUAUUCUACCACAAUAUUAAUUUUACCAUACAUUUAUAAAUACUUCUGUAUUUUUGUUGUCUAUGUACUGC